GUGAUUGAAGCGACCUCGGCAUGCCUAAGAUUGCUAUCUUCAGCUUUGCGCAUUACGAUGGGCAAUGUCUUGUUCCAGCCCUCACUGCACAUCUGGGGGCAGAUAAUUUGAAAUGCCUUCCUGUUCGACUGAGCGAGGAGACUGCCGAACUUGCAUCUGGAUGCGAAGUGGUUUGCCUCUUUGUCAACGACAUUGCGGACGAGCGUGUCGUGAACUACCUCGCAGAUAUUGGAGUGAAGUUGAUUUUGUUGAGGAGUACUGGCUUCAACCAUGUAGAUCUUGAGUGUGCGGCAAAGCGGGGCCUUGAUGUCCGUCGAGUUCCUGUCUACAGUCCAUACGCAGUUGCUGAGAUGGCUGUUGGUUUGCUUCUCAGUCUGGUGAGAAAGAUCCACAAGGCGUACAACCGCGUGAGAGAGCACAACUUCAACAUCGAGAACCUGCAAGGGUUUGAUAUCCACGGCAAGACGAUAGGAAUCUUGGGAACGGGCAACAUUGGAAGAAUUACUGCUAAGAUCUUGAACGGGUUCUCUCCUGGAAGACUGCUCGGGUUCGAUCCGUAUCCGAGUGAUGAGAUGAAGGCUUUGGGAAUGGAAUAUGUCUCAAAAGAAACCCUUCUUGCAGAGGAAAGAAACGAUAGCGAUAUCAUCUCUCUCCACGUGCCUCUCAUGCCCGAGACCUAUCACAUCAUCGGCAAGGAGAGCAUCCAGACGAUGAAGAAGGGAGUGGUUAUCAUCAACGUCUCCCGUGGAGGUCUCAUCGAUGCUGAAGCCCUCGAAGAAGGUUUGAGGGAGAGGAAGAUUGGAGGAGUGGGCAUGGAUGUCUACGAGAACGAACAAUCUUUCUUCUUUAAAGAUUGCUCCGAUCAAAUCCUCUCAGAUCAAAUCCUCACCAGGCUCCUCACUUUCCCCAACGUGAUCAUCACGGCGCAUCAGGCUUUCUUGACUACAGAGGCUCUUCAGACCAUCGCAGACACUACUUUGCAGAACUUGAAAGAUUACGAAGCAGGUGGGGUGCAGCUGGAAGAGGGAUAG